AUGACGCUGAACUCUUCUUUUACUAGUUUUGAGAAUCCUUGGAAGUCUGACUUGAUCAGCGAUAGUGUGAAGCAGAUCUACGAGCUGGUCAACUACGUCGUCUUCUGCAACAUCCUCUCUGUCUUCGGAAUACUUUCCAACAUCAUCAACAUCAUCGUCUUCUGCAGGCAGGGCCUGAACAGCACCGUCAACAUCAGCUUCCUGGCUAUGGCCGUUUCCGACUUUUGUAGCUUCGUGACCUUGCUGUGGUUCAACGUCUGCGUCAACCCCCUGUUCGUGAACUCGGACGUGCCCAUGGACUCAUCAGAGGUGCAGCACCUUACUGGAGGGUUCCCCCACAACUGCUUCAUGAGGAUCACCUGCUGGAUAACAGUGUAUAUCACGGCCGAGAGGUGA